UCCGAUCCAUCCAAUGUAGCAUCAACCCUUUCACAGACAACGUAUUUUCCCCCCUUAGAAUGGCACAGAAACAUCCUUGGACUGAUUUUGAACUUUGAUCAUAUUUCUAAUUGCUUGUGCACUAAUUUAAGUUGGCUAAUCGAUAGCCAAGAGCUUAAAACAUAAGAAGCAAACAGCCUAAAGCAUGCAAAACUACGCAGAAGCUAUAAGGGACUUUGUAGAGACGCACUCCACCGGCCUCACAGUUGCCUUUCUUGCAGGGGCAGGCGUGCUGGUCUUGCGUAGAUGGCUUGCUGGGGGAGAGUGUCGGAGCAAGGUCAGGCUGGAUGGGAAAACAGUCCUGAUUACUGGAGCCAACACAGGCAUUGGGAAGGAGACGGCCCUGGAUAUGGCCCAUCGAGGGGCCAGAGUGAUCCUAGCCUGCAGGGACAUGACUAGAGCCCGCUUGGCAGCUGAUGAGAUCCGGCAGAAGAGUGGGAAUGGCAACGUGGUGGUAAAGAAACUGGACCUUGCCUCGCUGCAGUCUGUCAGGGAUCUGGCCAAAGAUGUCCAGGAGAAUGAGAAACGCUUGGACAUCCUUAUCAACAAUGCAGGUAUCAUGAUGUGUCCCAAGUGGAAGACUGAUGAUGGGUUUGAAAUGCAGUUUGGUGUCAACCACCUAGGACAUUUUCUCCUCACCAACUGUCUUCUUGACCUGCUGAAGAAGUCAGCUCCAAGUCGCAUUGUCAUCGUCUCAAGCUUGGCACACGAGAAAGGUCACAUACAGUUUGACGACAUCAACCUCGAUAAAGACUAUAAUCGUGAGAAGAGCUACCGCCAAAGCAAGCUGGCGAACGUGCUCUUCUGCCGAGAACUGGCUGAAAGACUGCAAGGCACUGGUGUAACAGUGUACAGCCUACACCCUGGAGUUAUCCGCACCGAGUUAGGCCGCCACUUUUUCCCUACUUUAGCCCUGUGGAAGAGAAUGAUACUCAUGCCCUUCAUGAUGCUGAUCAAAAGUCCCUGGGAAGGAGCUCAGACCACCAUCUACUGCGCUGUGGAUGAGAGCCUUGCAAAUGUCAGCGGCCUCUACUACAGUGACUGCGCCCCCAAAACGGCCGCACCGCAGGCCCAGGAUGAUGAUGCAGCCAAGAAGCUGUGGGACCUCAGUGCCUCCAUGGUUGGUCUGGCCUAAACUCAAUAGUCUGCCCUGCUUUUGUGAGACAUUAGUAUUUCAGGAGUCAGUAGCCCUGUUUGCAGUGGUGAAUAAAGCAUGGCAAAUUGUUACAUUAUAUAAUAUAUGCACAAGAGCAUUUUAAUUUUGCACUAUUUAAUCUCACACUAGAGUCAAUUGAUUGAUUAUUGAAACAAGGAGUAUUGAUCUCUUUAUAUCAUGUAUAUUCUGCAUAUUUUAUAAUUGUCACAUAAUCUUAUACUGCUGUAUGCUUUGCAAAAUGAGCUAAUACUUGGAUGUCUCUUUUAUCUGGGCUGAGUUUUAGCUUUUUGAUAAGAAAUGUAUUUUGAUUCAGAAUAUUAAAAUACUUGUGGCCCAGACAGCCUUUUAUUUAAGUUUCUCAUGAUUGCAGCAUGUUCUCAGCCCAGGGUGGCUUGGCGUAUAAUAAUAAUGUAGAUGAGUUUAUAUUGGAGUCAGUUGAGAACCUGGGGCGUCCAGUACUGAUGCUCAAGGGUACUUUGUGCAUGGGAAUAAGACGCCAAGUGGCGUGAGAAAGCGUCAGUAUUUUGACACCCUGGCAAUGAUAACAGGCUAGUGAUUUAUAUGACAGACUCCAUGAGACUUUUCAAACUGCAGGUUUUAUUCAUGGUGUCUAACAGCAGUUUUCAACAUAAGAUGAUUAUACAGUUUGUCAGACAAUCCUGCAUCAUUGCAGUCACUGCAGUCAUAAAAUCUAUAUACAUGUAAAUACCUCGAGGGAAGAUGAAAGGUUCGUGUACAGGUUGAAAAAGGAUAAAGUUUGUUAACACAAAGGUUGGGAGGGAAAUGACCUUAAGUGCUGGCAGUGAUGAUUGUUGUUCCUUAGAAGAGAGAGGAUCCUCCACCAGGUGUAGAGAGGGAGUGGGUGCCUUGGGGCAGAAAGCAGUUAGGAAGCACCCAGUAGAUCUAGAGGCCUCAGUGGAGUACACAGUGCCUUCUUCUGUGAGUUUUUCUUUACUUAGUGGAUGCUGAUUGUUGUAUCAAGAGGAUGUAAUUGUGGUGUGUUUGGUGUGUUUCUUAUGUUCUAUCAGAUGAAAGUCAAAUGUGUUACCUUAUUAGCAAUAUGCUCACCUUGACAACACAUUUCUAACUGCAUUUAUUUUCAGUAUCAUUUCUGAAAGUUGUAAAAUAAUCUAUAUAUCAAUUAUGAAAAGAAUAAAUUAUAUUUUUUGUGAGAUUGAUGGCUAUGAAUUAAUGAAAUAUUCACAACAACUUGACUGCUUGCAGAUACAUACAAAGAAGCAGUGUGUGAAUCUAGGCUUUUUUAUGAGCACAUUUUAAGUUGCUGCUGUGUUGAAAAAGGUGAACGUAACCCCAUUUUGCAUAUGAGUGUAUGUGCAGCCAAAGAUAGGUUGCGAGCUCCUCAUUGGAAGCUUAGUUAUUGAAUAUAGUUUUCCCAGAACUCUGUAUAUUAAAGUCUGCUAAAAAAAACAACAACUGGAUAAAAAGGAAAUUAAAUAGUUCAGGCAUUUGAAACAAUAUAGCAUACUUCAGCAUGUUAUACACUACAUGCCACUUU